GUACAAUUCUUUUGGAUGUUAUUCAGACAUGCAGAUGGAGAAGGACGCCUUCAGUGCUUUCGCAUGUAGGUUUGCAGAUAAUGCUAUCUGCACAUGCACAAUGCCACCUGGAAGCUAUCUUUGAAGGCAAGCGCAGGGAAGCUUUUGGGAACUUCUCUUCUACCACACGCAUGGUGGGAAAAGAAAGAAAGAGAAUGAACAGCAAACUGGAAAAGAAGAAGAAGAUGGAUUCCACGUCAAGCAACACAGGAGGUGGACGACACCCCUCGUGUGCACUAAUCAUAUCUCCAUCUCGCAUAUUCCACUUAUAUACAGAAAAGGAGGCAAACUGAAAACCCUAGCUACAGAGAGAGAUGGCUUCGCAUAUUCCUUCCUCAAAGAAAGCAUUCACGUUCAUCGUAACCACAAUCACGAUCGUCGACUUUGUACUCCGGGCUUCCUCAGCAGUCUCCGCAGUCGACGACAGCAGUCCAAAUAGAGGAGACCUGGUGUCGGCAGCCUGUAGCCACACUUUGUACUUCGACAUUUGCGUAUCUUCGCUCCGAUCUGACCCUCGCACCGAUGUGACGGUCGAUCUUGCGGGGCUUGCCACCAUUGCGCUGGACCAGAGCAUUGCCCAUGGUGAGCGAACCAUCUCAGUCAUCGUCGACGCACUGAGGGCCAAUGGCUCUUCCGGUGCUGAUCAGUCCACGUUGAGAUGCUUGAGCGACUGCAACGAGGAGUACAGCGAUGCCGUCGCGAGUCUCAAGGAGUCAGCACGGGCCAUGAAGGAGAGGGAUUUUGACACAGUGAACUCGCUCGUGUCUGCUGCUAUGACGGACUCCGGCACAUGCAAGGACGGUUUGAAGGAGAUGGCGAUCUACGACUCUUCGUUAAGCCAGAGGAACAAGCGGUUUUUCAAGUUGUGCAGUAACUUCCUGGCGAUCUCGAGGCUUUUGAUUUGAUCCAUUAUAUUAUUGUAUCUAUAAUUUGCUCGAAACCAAUUAGUUUAUAACGAGUAAGAAGUAUAUUUGGUACA